AUGUCGCUACAACAGACGCUGGAGGCGCUGGAGGCACGCGUGGUGAUGCUGGAAGCGGUGCUUGAAGGGAGUGGCGAUGUGAACGCGCGGCUGAACGAGCUGUCGACGCGAUUGGCCGAGUUGAUGGGGGUUCAUGACGGUAUUGUUGACUUGUUUGAGAAAGCGCGGCAGAUCGGGCUGCACGAGCUGGUGAUUCGCCCAGCGGACACGGCCGUGCCGUUCGAGGACAAGUACCGCGUGGUGGUAGCGAACCUGAAGAGUUUGGACUCCCAGCUCGCACGGUACGAGGAGAUCCAGCAACGGCUGGACGAGUGGGACGGGCUGUUCAAAGACGUCAAGACGCGAGAGGCCGUGGUCAGACUGGUUUCCCUGGGGCAUGAGGACAUGUGUCAUGUUCUGGACGGCCUGGGACAGCUGAAAAAACGGUUUUACACGGUGGUUUUGAAUUCCACGCGGCUGAUCCAGCUAUACAUGGCCAAUACGUUGGAACAAACAACGUUCUACAUGGACGUCGAGACCCGUCUGCGACGGUGCACGCAGCUUGUUGAACAGAGGAACAACUCAUGA